GUUCUCCAAACGGAAAUAACUUGGACGUAUCUCGAAACCGGCGUAUUGAACCCUAAACCGCAUUAAAUUGCCGCCUAACCCGCCAGUGAUUUUUUAUGUUAUGGAAGGGACUGUGUGUAUUGUAAUUGUGGGAUGGUUCUGAAUAUACUAUAGAAUAGGUCUAAAUGUAUUGAGAGAAUGGUUCGGAAUGCAUCAUGGGGGAUUUAGGAUGUAAUACCGAGUAUAGGAGAUUCACAGAUGUGGAGGUCGAUAAGUGGCAGACAUGGCGGAUAUCCAAAACGUGUUCCCAAAAUUACAGGACAAACGUUUGUCGCUGAUCGGGAAGCAGAUUCACCGGAUGAGAAAGACCACAUCCAUUAACAACGAUAAACUGAAAUGCAAAUGCAAUACAUAUGGAAAAGCCAUUGACAAAGACAAGCGCAGCUACGACUACAAGAUGUGGCAGAAAACUGUGCAUCAUAAACAGUUCUACACUCAUACGAAGGGGACACAGAGAUGUCUGAAACGGAUAAGGGACCAGGUGCCGGACCUGGACGACGAAAGUUGUCCGUUUGGAGUCUAUGGCGGUGUUUCUUUACGGGACUUGCAACCCCAAAUCAAUACGAUGAUUAAAGAUCACCACCCGAAAGUCCGCCGCCUGAAGAGAACCGAAAAACUUCUUUCUGAUGGAAAACAAGAUGGGCGUAUUAUGGAUCACCGAGAAGCCCGGGGUAUGCUGGAAACCAUCAUUAACAGGCCCUCCUUCCCGCCAAGACGAGAACGAGGCAUGACUGUAUACAUCAGAACAAGACGACCCUCAACAGUGGACACCAACGAAAUCACCAGCGCAGGCGCUAUCCGUCUUCCACCGAUCGCUGUCUCGAGAGAAAACACGAGGUCUGGCUUCAUGUUCCGACCAAAAACAAAAUCCGUUGCGUACAGAGAUCGUCCAAAAAGAGCCACCACAUUUGCUCUGGAUCUUUAGACCGUUUUGUUCCUUUUGACCUUUAAAACGCUUUGGAUCUUCAGAGCGUUUGGGAUCUUUAGACUGUAUAUAUUAGAACGUUCUGGAUCUUUAUGACGCUUUAGAUCUGUAGACUGUUUUGUUUCUCUGUUGGCUUUGGAUUUUUAAAUUGCUUUGCAUCCUCAGGACGUUUUGGAUCUUACACCGUUUACAUCUAGAACGCCUCAAAUGGAUCUUUAGGACGUUUUGCUUCUUUGGAUUCUUACUUACAUUAUAUACCUUGUUAAAAGUACAAUGCCUUUCUUGUCGUGUUAUCCAGAGAUAUUGCAGCUGCUUUAGUGCGAUAUUUUGUCUGAGCCAUCUCUGGCUCUUCACAACCUAACAGGGAAUACUCCAGAGAAGUUUAUAAUGGGACUUGAAAUAGCUUAGGAAUUUUUUUUUGCAAGGAGCAGAAGACUUUUUGGAAGUUCGGAAGCAUGUUUAUUUUGCUGUUGAUUUCGAAUGUUAGGUGGAAAUGAUGUGUUCAGAGA